AUGGUCGUCCUCAGAACACAGUCCGACUUUGGCCACGCGCCGCCUCCUCAGACCCCGUACAGCAUCAUCUCCAACUUGCCAGGAUGGAAUAUGCUUCAGGGCGUCCGUGAUGGAGACAUGUCUCCUUUCGCCAGGAUCGUCCACGUCUAUCCGCGCUUUGGUCCAACUCAAUUCGCUGCUCAGAUUGGCCAGGAGGUUGCAAAGAGACUAGGCCACGAGGGCAAGUCUUGCAUGCUCUAUCUCAACCCCAUCAUGUGGCCUUUUACGGCUGGUCAUGUCCAGAACGAGGCCCGAGAUGAGGCCGCCAUUAGCCCUGAUAAGCUAACAUUCAAGUGCAUCGAUGUGGCUGGCCACCGCGUUUACGCUGUCUUGUUUGAGCCUAUGCACACAAAAGCUCUCAUGCUUAGCUGGGGAGCUCCAGGCCUUGGACUCUCUAUUCGUAUUGCCGAGUACCUGUUGAAAAACAUCGAUACUUUGGUUGAAGUCCCAUUUGACGAUUACAAGAACCCCCCCAAGCCAACUUUCACUCCUGAUGGCCCGGCUCAUCAGCUACUCCGCGAGCGCAUCCACCAGCUCGUCCACCGCGCCUCUAUUAACCCAGAGUUGGUCAAGAGCCAACCCAGUGAUAUCCGCCUCUUUCCCACUGGUAUGGCUGCCAUCUUCCACACUACAAAUCUCAUCCAGGAAUACCGCACCGGAACCAAUGUUGUUCUUGGCGUCGUCUUUCACAACACACACCAUCAUUUACAUGAGGAGAGCCCCAAUGGAUUCAAGCACUUUGGCAAGGUUGAUAAACAAGGCCUAGACGAAAUGGAGACAUGGCUCGACGGAGAGACAAAAGAAGGCAGAAAGAUUAGCUUUAUCAUUGUUGAGUUUCCUGGAAACCCGACCCUGGAAAGCACCGACCUGCCCCGCCUCAAGAAAUUGUCUGAAAAACACGGGUUUGUGCUGCUUCUCGAUGAUACGCUGGCGGGAUUUGCAAACGUCGAUGUAUUGGCCUAUUCGGAUAUCCUCGUUACUUCUCUUACCAAGUCCUUCAACGGCAGGGCUGAUGUUCUUGGCGGUUCCAUUAUCCUGAACCCUCUCUCUCCUCACUAUAACGAACUCUCUUCUCGAUUUACCAAGUCACACAACAACGAGCUCUUUGCCGACGAUGCAAAGGUGUUGCUUGCCAACUCACACGAUUACCUCCAGCGUACACGCCGUUUGAACCGCAACGCGGAAGCCAUGGCAACCUUCCUUCACAGAACAAUUGGCCGCGAUGAUUCUCCCAUAGUCAGGGUUCAGUAUCCUAGUCUACUAGCUGACAAGGCCAACUAUGAUCGCUUCUUGCGGCGCAGCACCACUGAACUCCCCAAUCCUGGAUACGGCUGUCUCUUGAACGUCGAGUUUGAGAGCGUAGACACGGCUCGGGCGUUUUAUGACAAGUGCGGAUUCUACUCUAGCCCACACCUGGGCGGCCAUGUCACCAUUAUGUUGGCAUACAAUAUGAUGAUGUUUGGCAAAAAGGCCGAGGAAAGGGAAGAGUUCAAAGGGUUUGGUGCGGCUGAAGAAAGUAUAAGACUCUCUGCCGGGUUGGAGGAUGCGGAGGACUUGGUUGACACACUCAAGGAUGCGCUCGAUGCGGCGAUUGAGGUGAAGAAGAAGGCAGCUCCGAAUGGCACCAACUAG